AAUAAACAACGCAUUUCCGAUGUGUUGCUGAAUUUGUUGAGACUCGAUUGUAUUACAUGGGAUCGAAUCCCUCGACACCAAGUAAAGAGAGGUUUAUUAAUCCAGAAGUACGCUACGAGCAGUCUUCUGAGAAUCGCGCCGAGCUAUUAGACACAUCGAUGGGCGAAAGAUUCAACGUAAGUGACCUCAACUCCUUUCUGGGGUACCACAAUACUGCGGGAAGGAUCGCUGAGCAGUGGUUUAAGAAGGUGGACGCACUGUCAACAGAGAAUCAUGACCUAAAAAAGCAAACUGAACAAUUAGAAAAACAAAACCACAGUUUGCGACAAAGGUAGGUUGAAGAUAAUUUUUUUGGAUUAGAGGGAACAUUCGAGAAAAGGAUUAUUCGAUACAUAGAAAUCACUUAGUGUCAAUUCACGUUUUCGUUGUCUGCAAGAUGCAGUUGUACUGAUAGCCCAUAAUUUUAACUCUUCUUCAUUAGGAUUAGCGACGAAUCAGAAAUCAAUCAUCGUUGUUACCAGAGCAGUUCUGAGGACGUUACAAGCAAAAACAAGCGAAGUGACCUUAUAAAAAAGUUCAAAAGAAUGGAUGGUGCUCAACGCAGACAAGCGAUCGAGGCGUUCGGAAAGACGGAUGAAAGGAAUGACCUCUGGUACAGAAAGGAUGUGACAUGCCGCAUAUUUGUGGUAAUAAUAAUCAGUAAAUUAACCAAAGAUCAUUUAAUUAUUUACAAUCUUUAACUUUGCGAAGUCAAGCCUCUAAACUAUGCCGUACUUCUGUAUAUUGUUUAAAUUUUUUGCCAAGUAUGAAUUCAAGCCAGAAGUACCAGGGUAAGAGUAUCGGAUAACAUCGUUCAAAACGAAAGCCAUGAAUGAUAAUUCAUUUAAAAAGAACACUUGUCUCCAUUUUAACGAAAGAUGUAUUUUUUUUUCUACUCUCGAUCCAAUAAGUAGAUCGAGAUACAGCUUGGAAAAAUCGACCGUCAAUUUGACAACUCACUUGUCAUAAAAUUAUGUUGACUAUAAUUGAUUCGAAUAUUCUCGUAGAUUUUCGUUCUUCUUUCAAAUAUCCUCAAAGUCGUUGCCGCAAAGAUAUAUUCGCGUAAGUUACCAGCCCUCGUUUCCUGGAGGGAGACUGACGUUUCUACAAUUACAGUGUCGAGAGAACUGUCGCCAAGAUAGUGCAUAUUAGUUCUCCAGAAGAGAUAUUUUUCUGUCGCGUUAGGAAGAGUUGAUGGGCUUGUUUACAUUUUGUUUCAAUAUCUAGUAUGCCGCUGUCAGUCAAAGAGUAUAUCACAAGGGAGCGAGCAUCUUGUGUUAAAAUUGAAAUGAUGUUAUUUUCCCAGGUGGCACAUGAUGUUGCAAAAUCAACAAAAUCUGCAUUCUCCAGAAGUGUUUUGCCAAAAUUUUUCCAAUGUGCACCAUCCUUAGGUAUUAUUCACCAAACGAAAGGAUCUAAUUCCCCAGAGGUAAAUCAGUUAAAAAUCUGUUAGAUACACUAUGAUUACAAUUAUCAUGUUUGUGGCCAAACAUGAGAAGCUUUUCCCAUAAUGUUAGUGACGAUGAUGAAGAUAAAAAUUCUUAUUGGUAGUAGUAUUAUUAUUGCCAUUACUAUCAUUCUGCUUAAUAUUUUUCAUAUGUAGUACAGUCGUUUGAAGUGAAUUCAUUCUGGCUGAGUAUGAUGAGACAAUUUAUGGCAAAUCCUAAUCAAAUCAACCUCAGUUAAGAUAGCGAGACUAAAACUGACUGAAACUUAGCGUAGGUUAUUCACUUUGACUAUGACAGGAUAUCUUAUUCAGUGUUUCAAUAAAAAACUUUCAUGCAAGAUUCUCCUCAAAAAGCUAAAUCUAUAUAUCUUUAGAGUUUUUUUUUUUUGACCCCAUAGGCAUCAGAGCUUUUUGAGAGAGGUAUGAAGCAAUCUCUUUCAAGGGAAAUGGAGUCCCUACUUUUAGGGGAGUCCUUCCAGGUCGCUUGUUCUUCUGUACUUAAGGAAAUGGCAGUCAGCUGUGACUUAACAGCCCUGGAAGAGGUAAUUCCAUAUCAGUUCAGUUGAGCAGAAUUCUAGUUGGACUAAAAGAAUCAACCAAAAUAAUUAGGAAAAUAGAUUAUAUUUUUCUACAGCCAAGUGGUUGCCCAAUAUUUCCAUGAUUUUCGAGUUUAUUCUUCUUUCACAGAAAACGCUUGCAGAGUUGAAGAAAUUUCGUGAUCAAUGGAUAAAAGAUGAUCCGUUGCUGCCUUAUCUAGACGACGAUAUUUUAUCCAAAAUGAAGAAUUUCAUCACAGAAUGCGUACAGAUUUCCUGGAGAAUGGUAAACCAGCUUCCACCAAUAAAGAUUGUGCUGGCAAAUAAAAUGCAUGGCGAAAGAUUUGAGGAAUUCUUUGAAAAAGAAGAAGAAGAACUUAAAGAAAAGGUGCCAGCCAUGACUAUUUGUGUCUGGCCAGCUCUAACUGACUCCAAGGGCAACGAGGUACUUGCCAAAGGAAAGGCGGCUAUAAUUCCAAGGCGCCAAACACAUACGUCCGUUUGAAUUCGUGGACUUUUUUCUUCUUCUUUUUUUUUUUUGCACACCAGUUAUUAAGAGCAUCUUCGCUAAUGGCUGAAGUUUAAGGGAUCUCAGGACCUUUUAGAGCAGCUUACAUAGUUAACUUCAAAAGGCAUGUAAAAAUCAAUGUAAAUUGUAGUAUUCGAUACAUUAACUCGGUUGAGUUGCGUACUCAGUCAACCAAGGCAAAAAUGGAUAGGCUAAAGCUAAUCACACGAUGAAGAACUUAUUGUUCUGACACAAUAAGCGCCAGUAAAAUGAAGAGCAAUGAUUGACAUUUGACUGUCUAAGGAUAGAAAACAGUGACAAACAUCUUUUCGCAAGUCUGUCAUAUUUUUGCUUGUCUCUCAGUUAGGGGGAUACCUCAUUAUUACUUACAUAGGAAAGGUUCAUGGCCGCUAGUUUAUGUCGUAAAUAAUGUUGUAUUAGACGAGCAAUAUGAGGUCACAAGUUAGCAAAUCGUAAGAAAAACAAUUAAACUUUAUUCCUAUUGAAAAACCGUAACAUGGAUGACAAUACUGUUUUACUUUUUUAAAAAGGUACAUUCAAUUUUUUUAUAUGUGAUCUAAAUUCUCAUAGCCGAUUCUUUAUCAGCCAAGUUAUUAGAAUUGAACGACUUGGUAAAAGAGAGCACGAUUUUUUCCUGUAGCUAUAUGCUUGUUAUCUUUUGCUUAACAAAGUGUCAGGAAACUGUAUAUCAACAGAACUGGAAAACAACUCUCACUUCUAGUUCUAAUGCAACACUAGUAAUGCAAUUAAUCUGUGAAAAGGAUUAAAGCGAUUUACUCCGCAU